AGUCUAAAAAUUCGUACACAGGCACAGACGCUGUGUUCACUUGGUUUCUUCAAGUAAUGUAAGCUGGUCAAAAUGGGUUGGGGGGGCUUUGGGUCUGAAAUACCUGAAUCUGGUAUCUAAGGCAGCUUCGUUUUCCAUGGUCAAAUAUGAAACAAUGAUGUUAUCUUAGCCCCCCAUCCCGCCGUAAUGCCCAACUUACCAACGACAACCUCCAAACUCACUAAACCCAUUUCCACCGCCUACUCGCUGCCACCGCCGCCCCUACACCCCGCCGCGAUCACCAAUCAGAUACUCAAAUCAGACAACCCACAAUCCCUAACCCAAACCCUUCACACCCUCUCUGGAUGGACCCCGAAUUUAGUCCAAACAAUACUCAAACGCCUGUGGAACCACGGCCCCAAAGCCCUCCAAUUCUUCAACCUCCUCGAUAACCACCCUUCCUACUGCCACUCCGCCGCUGCUUUUGACCAUGCUAUUGAUAUUGCUGCACGGCUGCGCGAUUACAAGACGAUUUGGGCCCUCGUGUGUAGGAUGAGAUCCAGGAAGCUGGGCCCCACUCCGAAAACUUUCGCGAUUAUUGCUGAACGGUAUGUAUCUGCCGGUAAAGCUGAUAAGGCUGUUAAGGUGUUUUUAUCUAUGCAUGAACAUGGGUGCCAACAGGACUUGAAUUCGUUUAAUGCGUUUCUUGAUGUUUUGUGUAAGUCGAAGCGGGCAGAGAUGGCGUAUAGGCUGUUUAAGAUCUUUAGGGGGAGGUUUAGGGCUGAUGUAAUUAGUUACAACAUUAUUGCAAAUGGGUUUUGUUUGAAGAAGCAAAUACCACGGGCGUUGGAAGUGAUGAAGGAGAUGGUUGAGAGGGGUUUGGAGCCGACAUUGACCACGUAUAAUACAUUGCUUAAGGGGUAUUUUAGAGCUGGACAAGUUACGGAAGGGUGGGUAUUUUUCUUGGAAAUGAAGAAGCGAAAUAUUGAUAUUGAUGCUGUGACCUAUACAACGGUAGUUCAUGGAUUUGGUGUUGCAGGGGAGGUUGAGAAGGCGAGAAAAGUGUUUGAUGAGAUGAUUGGGGCUGGGGUACUUCCUUCAGUUGCAACCUAUAAUGCUCUGAUACAAGUUCUAUGCAAAAAGGAUUGUGUUGAAAAUGCCGUGUUAAUGUUUGAGGAUAUGUUGAGGAAGGGUUAUGUUCCGAAUGCAACGACUUACAAUGUUCUUAUUAGAGGGCUGUGUCAUGCAGGGAAAAUGGAUAUGGCUAUUGAAUAUAUGGAUAAAAUGAAAGAUGAUUGUGACCCAACUAUUCAAACAUAUAAUGUAGUCAUUAGAUAUUAUUGUGAUGAUGGAGAAAUUGAGAAGGCCCUGGUGGUGUUUGAGAAGAUGAGUGGUGGGACUUGUUUGCCUAAUUUGGAUACUUACAACAUUUUGAUCAGUGCAAUGUUUGUGAGGAAGAAGUCGGAUGACUUGCUGAUUGCUGGGAAAUUGUUGACAGAAAUGGUUGAUCGAGGAUUCUUGCCUCGGAAAUUUACCUUCAAUCGUGUUCUAAAUGGACUUAUGCUGACUGGUAACCAAGGAUUUGCUCAAGAGAUUUUGCGGCUGCAGAGUAAAUGUGGCCGUCUUCCUCGUCAUUUUAGAUUGUGAAAUGCCACCACAUUGUUUCCAGGAACCUCAUGAAUACUUUGAGUAAUCAUCUUGGUAACGUUUGGUUCUUUCAAUCUAUGGUGAUAAAAAUGCUUGAAUUAUGCAACCCAACAUUUUGAGAAUGAGGAUGGCAUUUACAACAUAAGCUCGAAUGACCUUUUGUCUUGGCCUGGUGAUCCGAAGGCAUAGAUAUGAAAAUCAUCCGCAGUUUAGAAUGGUAUCAUUUGCUAUCAAGAUGAGGAAUUCAAAGAGGCAGCUCUUAGCUGAUGAAACCAACUGCACCACCAAUCAUGAUUUACUGUUCCAAUUGUCCAAUCAGGGACUGGGGAUUUGCAGUUGGGUACGGGGCUGGUAAUUGCUGAGGCCACCGUAGCCACACAUUCAGGUUUAUAAAACAGUAGAGACAAUGCCGCUAAUCAAAACGAAGGACUGAGGAUCACUGUCCAGCCUGGGGAACCUCAGCUGCAAGUGAUAUGAGAAACCGUCUCAAGAAAAUCAGCUUAAUCUUCAGUAGCAAACACAAAUCCUCAUCCAAAGCUCCCUCUAAAGACUCGAAGAACAACCCCUAUGUGCCAGGCAUUCUCCUCAUAUUUUCAAAGAAGGCUCUAAAGGUUGCCGCCUCUCCAUCAGAUAAGCCUUCUAGUUCAGUUGAAAACGACUGGACAAUUGUUAAGCAUUUGAUGAACACAUCGCUUUCAAGAACAGCUAUAAGAAAUGUGCAUAACGAGUCACCCGUUUCUGGAGUAUCAGAAAUGGAAAAGUCCUUUGAUCCAUCAACAUUGUUGUGAGACCACUGUCGUUUUACCGCAUAACUUGUCCAGAGACAAGAGGGUUGAAUUCGAGACUGUUUUUCUUGGUACACUGCAAGUUAACCACAUCCCAGAAACCUGAGUUGUUACAGGGUGAAGAUUUGUUUUGUUCUUCGUAAAGACGAAAAGUUAAGGUUUAUCUUGGUGAACAUUGAGGAAGAUGGGAGAGUUAGUUGUCUAUAGCUCCAAUGGAUUGAAAAAGACAGUUCAAACAAUCUAUGUAUAACCUUGUCAUCUUUCUUACUUAUUUCCAAAGACAUCAAUCUAAUUUUUCCCAAAAGAAUUCAGUUUUA